CCGGGGCGGUGCCGGUGCCCAGGGCGGCGGCAGGGCGGGCCCCGGGGCCGGGCGAGGCGGAGCCGUCGGGGAGCGGGAGCGGUGCCCAUGGGAGCGCGGGUGAGGCUGCGGGCCGGUGGAUGCCCAUGGCUUUCAGCCCGGGGCUGUUGGUGGUGGCCGGUUCCUUCGCCGCUUUCCGCCUGCUGAACCGGGGGCUGGAGCGGCUGGUGCCGCCGCCGCCCUCGGCCCGGCGCAACCGCUGGAAGUGGCGCAACAUCUGGACGUCGCUGGCGCACAGCGUGCUUAGCGGCGGCGGGGCGCUGGCCGGGUUCUGCCUCUACCCCGGGCUGUCCGAGGACCUGGUGGGCACGCACCCGCCCGGGGCACACAGCCUGGUCGCCGUAUCUGUAGGUUAUUUCCUUGAAGACUUUGUGGACAUGUUAUGCAAUCAGAAACUUCACCAGUCCUGGGAGCUGCUCUUCCAUCACUCUGUGGUGAUCGUCUGUUUUGGUAUUGCAGUGCUGCUCCAUCAGUAUGUUGGGUUUGCCCUCGUGGCUUUACUGGUGGAGAUUAACUCCAUCUUCCUCCACCUGCGGCAGAUCCUGCUCAUGGCCAACCUGGUGCACACCACCUGCUACCGCCUCAACAGCAUCAUCAACCUGGGCACCUACGUGGUGUUUCGCAUCGCGACGUUGGCCUGGAUGACUCACUGGCUCUUCCUCAAUCGGGAGAACGUGCCCCCAGCAACAUACGCUGUUGGUACGGUGGGCAUGGCAAUCAUGACGCCCAUGAACAUCAUCCUCUUCUACCGCCUGCUGCGUAGUGACUUCUUCAAGUCCAGCCGGGACGUGCAGCGGGAGAAGGAGCAAUAG